GAUGGUCGUCUGUGCGGCAGACACGCGUGCCCGGGCUGCUCCAGCGGCAUCCUUACGUCCUUCUCACUAUACACGUAGUGCUUAUUUCUUAAAGGAAUGUUUUGGGAAGAGGCAUGAACCAUGGAGGAAAGCUCACAUGUGAUCCUGUAUUUCAUCGUUCGGAAGUCAAAAGCGAAGCCUAACGGGAAGAAGCCUGCCACGGAGGAGAAGAAGAUGUACCUGGAACCAGAGUACACCAAGUCCAGGAUCACGGACUUCGAGUUCAAGGAGCUGGUGGUGCUGCCACGGGAGAUCGACCUCAACGAGUGGCUGGCCAGCAACACCACAACGUUCUUCCACCACGUCAACCUGCAGUAUAGCACCAUCUCAGAAUUCUGCACAGGAGAAGCGUGCCAGACCAUGGCCGUUUGCAACACACAGUACUACUGGUACGACGAGCGGGGGAAGAAGGUCAAGUGCACGGCCCCACAGUACGUCGACUUUGUCAUGAGCUCCGUGCAGAAGCUGGUGACUGAUGAGGACGUGUUCCCCACGAAAUAUGGCAGAGAAUUCCCCAGCUCCUUCGAGUCUCUGGUGAAGAAGAUCUGCAAGUACCUGUUCCACGUGCUGGCACACAUCUACUCGUCCCACUUCAAGGAGACCCUGGCCCUCGAGCUGCACGGACACUUGAACACACUCUACGUCCACUUCAUUCUUUUUGCCAGGGAGUUCAACCUGCUCGACCCCAAAGAGACCGCCGUCAUGGACGACCUCACGGAGGUGCUGUGCAGCGGGGGGGCCGCGGCGGGGGGCGGCGGGGACGGGACCGGCAGCGGGGGCACGGGGGCACAGAACCAUGUGAAGGAGAGGUGAGCCCCCGGCUGGCAGGCGUGCACGUGUGCAGAGAGACGGUGGUACGGGUGCUGCGCGUCUGCGUGUGCGCACACAUGCCGGCAUGCUCGGCCAGAGGUC